AUGGGGCGAAGGAACGGUCGGAAUGCGAAGGGUGCGCGACGGGCCGGGGAGGCCGCCGACGACGAGGCAUCCGACGGCGAGAACGGCGGCGCCAUCGACGCCGCUUCGCUCACCCCCGACGAUGGGCCCGAGGCGACCUGCGCGGUGGCGACGGACGAGGUCACGCUGGAGCUCCCGGGCGACGACGGCACCCCGGUGGGCACCCCGGACGAUACGCGGGGCGCCGUCGCGGGGGGCUGGCGGGGUUUCUUCGGCGGCAGGGGCGCGCGGGGCGGCGACGACGGCAGCGACACCGAGCCGGAGUCCACCCCCGCGGGAUCGCGCCGCGGAACUCCUCGGCCGUCCAGCGGCUACUCGGGCAACUCCUCCGCGUCCGUCACCCCUCGCGAAUCGCGCGGCGGCGGCGGUGGCCUCGGCCUGAGCGCCGUGCGCGUGCGGGGGAUGAGCCUGCGCGAGGGCGACGAAGACGCCGAGUCCGUCGGCUCCAUGUCCGGAGACGAGCUGCUCAAUCUCGACGGCGACGCGGACGGCGGCGAAGAGGGAGGAUCGCCGGGUUCCCGACCGGGAUCCGCCGCGGCGUCGCCGCGCGUCUCGAAGGGCGGCAUCGCCGGGUUUGGCUCGCCGCGGUUCCUCAAAUCCUUUCGCAGGGCGCUGUCCAAGCGCAGCAGCACGGGGCGGCGGUCCGACAACGGCGACGCCGGGGGCCCGAACGAGACGGACGAGAUGGACGACGAGACUCGAAUUCGGUUAGAGGCGAAACGCGAGAAGAAGGCUCGGAAGGAGACGAAGAGGCGCGCGAAGAAGGCGAGGCGCCGGCUCAAGCGCCUCGUCCACGCCACCAACACCAUGGGCGCGGCGGUGUCCGCGAAGGACGAGACGAACACGCAGCUGGCGCUGUGCAUGCAGCUCGGCCUCACGAUGGCGCUCAGGGCGCAAAAGCCGGCGAGCGCCGUCGACUGGAUCAACGAUCCCGACGCGCUGGAACGAAAGGACGUUUCGAUGACGCUCAACGUCGGGCGCAAGGCGGUGGUGGACGGGAGCACGCUGCCGGCGUUCAGGUUCAUCGUCCACGCCCCGGAUAGGUUCGAGAAGGUUCGCGCCGCCUGGGGUUUGAACCUGGGAACGUACCAGGAGUCCUUCGCGCUUCGACCGGUGAGACACGAUCCGGUGGAUGGUGCGCCGGCGGAGAAUUUGGUCCCGGGCGCGGACGAGUGGAGGGACGCCAUCGCGAGCCACGAGCUGCUCGGCCGGGGGUUGGAGGAGAACACCGCGGAGGAGGAUCACGCGAGGUACGCCGCCGCAGCCGCCGCGAGGCGCGACUCGCAAAACGCGACCGCAAACGCAAAUUUCGCAAAUUUGGAAAAAACGGGCGGCCCGCCCCGAUUGACGCACGACCGCGGCGGCGAGCAACAGAAGCGACGGGAAGGGGGAACGACGGAGCCGGACCUUCCCGGCGGGCGGCACAGCAGGCGCGCGUCCACCGCGUCCUCCGUCGGCGACAAGAACGACAAGAACGACGGCGACAAGAACGAAAAGAACGCGGCAGGUGGCGGCUCGUCGGUCGGCGGGAAACCCCCCGCGGCGCCGUCCCAACCCCCGCCCGUCACCUCGAGCCACGCCCGGCGUCACUCGGUGGGAUCUGUGGGCACCGACGCGGACAGCGACGCGGCGUACGAUCCCGACGGCUUCCAGAAUGACCAGAACGGCUUCCAGAAUGACGGCUUCUCCAGCGGGUACGACUCCGACGGCCGCGGCGGCGCCUCCCGCCUCCUCCCGUCCACCACGUCCUUACGGGUCAUAUCCACCGCCAACGCGUCCGGCAAGAGCAGCAGCUGGUUCUACUGCAGUAAAGACGGGCGGUUCCUGGUCAAGACGUGCACGACGAAGGAGAAGGACGUUUUGAUGAACAUUUUGCGCGAGUACAGCGCGCACGCGGAGGCGAACAGAGGGGUGAGUUUGCUGCCGCAGUACUACGGCCUGUACAGCAUCGAGGUUGGCCGAAGAUCCGCGCACUUCAUCAUCAUGAACUACUGGUUCGCCACCAUGCACGAGAUCAACCUCCGGUACGACCUGAAGGGGAGCACCAAGGGACGGCGGGCGAGCGCCAAGGAGCGAGCCAAGGGCCCCACCGCGAUUUACAAGGACCUGGAUCGGAUCGAACGCGGGACAAUCGUCGAGAACAGGAUGGCGAGCGAAAUCAAGGCGGCGAUCGCGAACGACGUGGAGUUCAUGCGGCGGAACCGCCUCAUCGAUUACUCCAUGAUGCUCGGCGUUCACUUCAAGACGGACGGCACGGUGCGAGACGGCGACGACGCCGACGCCGGAGCCGGCGUACAGGCGGGGUCGGAGAGUGACGCCCAGGGCGUCGUCAGCAGCGACGGCGGCGGCGCCUUCGACGAGCGAUCGGGCGGCGUUCCGGGGCUUCAGACGCAGGACGCGCCGCCGUCCGCGGCGGUGCUCGCGGCGGAACGCGACGAGCCGCGGCCGCCGAGCGCGAGGGACCCUCGCGGCGGCGGCGGAUACCUCGUCGACGUAUACGCAGAGCCGUCGUCAGACGCAGAGGCGGGUGGUCCCUCCGCGCCGCCCUCGCCGUCCUUCGCGACGACGCGUGAUCAUCGCGCGCGGGGAGGCGGGUCGUCCGGCGUCGGCGGGGGCGGCGGCGGGGGCGGGGGCGGGCGACUGGCGAAGAUCGAGUCGAGCAAGCCGAUGGAACGAGAGGGAUCCGAGUUUUUCAGCAAGGAGGACGACCGAACGCUGCAGUUUCAGCUGCGAGCGCUGGACACCCCGCAGGGGCUGGCGUACCUCGGGAUCAUCGACAUCCUCACGCAGUACACUGCGGCGAAGGCGCAGGAGACGUUCUGGUGCGGAUACGUCGUCGGAUGCGGCGCGGACAUAUCUUGCCAGCCGCCGAGCAGGUACGCCAGAAGAUUUCUGCGCAUGUUGGACAGCGUGCUGGUGGAGCCGAGAGGGGAGGGAUCGGAGGUGGGGGGCGGAGGGACGAGCCGCGGGGGUUCGGGGCGGUCGAUGGACCUGGCCAGGUCGAACACGAGCGCCUGA